GCAACACGGCGCUGCAGUUCGCCGCGGCCGGGGGCCACGAGCCCCUGGUGCGCUUCCUGCUGCGGCGCGGCGCCUCGGUCAACAGCCGCAACCACUAUGGCUGGAGCGCGCUCAUGCAGGCGGCCAGAUCCUGUGUUCCCUUUCUGGGAUUGUGAUUCAGAACACCUGAGAGGAACAGGAACUCUGAGCAGAGGCUCCCCAGCGAUUCUCCCACAAGAUUUGGUCACGUGAGCGUGGCACACCUCCUCUUGGAUCACGGGGCUGACGUCAAUGCCCAGAACCGGCUGGGAGCCAGUGUGCUGACUGUGGCCUCCCGGGGUGGCCACCUGGGUGUGGUGAAGCUGCUUCUGGAAGCUGGUGCCUUCGUGGACCAUCACAAACCCUCAGGCGAGCAGGCAGGGGACAGCAGGGAUGAGCUACUGGACAUCACGGCCCUGAUGGCUGCCAUCCACCAUGGUCAUGAGGCUGCAGUGCGUCUGCUGAUGGAGUGGGGUGCAGACCCCAACCACACGGCCCGGACCGUGGGCUGGAGCCCGCUGAUGCUGUCGGCACUCACUGGGAGGCUUGGUGUGGCCCAGCAGCUGGUGGAGAAGGGGGCCAACCCUGACCACCUCAGCGUGCUGGAGAAGACUGCCUUCGAGGUUGCCCUUGACUGCAAGCACAGGGACCUUGCGGACUACCUCGACCCGCUCACCACCGUCAGGCCCAAGACAGAUGAGGAGAAAAGGCGACCUGAUAUUUUCCAUGCAUUGAAAAUGGGGAACUUCCAGUUGGUCAAAGAGAUUGCCGACGAAGACCCCAACCACGUGAACCUGGUCAAUGGGGAUGGGGCGACCCCACUGAUGCUGGCAGCUGUCAUGGGGCAGCUGCCUCUGGUGCAGCUACUGGUGGAGAGGCAUGCCGACAUUGACAGGCAGGACAGCGUGCACGGCUGGACGGCCCUCAUGCAGGCCACCUACCAUGGGAAUAAGGAAAUUGUCAAAUAUCUGCUAAACCAAGGGGCUGAUGUCACUCUUCGUGCAAAAAACGGGUACACGGCCUUUGACCUAGUGAUGCUGCUGAGUGAUCCUGACACGGAACUUGUUCGACUGCUGGCAUCUGUCUGCAUGCAGGUGAAUAAAGACAAAGGCCGGCCCAGCCACCCGCCACCCCCACCCCACUCAAAGGUCCGACAGCCCUGGAGUGUCCCCGUGCUGCCUGAUGACAAAGGUGGACUUAAGUCCUGGUGGAACCGAAUGUCCAAUCGGUUUCGGAAGCUCAAACUGAUGCAGACCCUGCCCCGUGGGCUGUCCAGCAACCAGCCAUUGCCUUUCUGUGAUGAAACAGAGCCAGCGCUGGACUCCACAAUGAGGGCGGCCCCCCUAGACAAGACCAGCCGCUCUGGGCUCCCCGAUGUGACUCCCCCGACCAAAGACAAUGGUCCUGGGAGCACAAGAGGAGAAAAAGAAGAUGUAUUAUUGACAACCAUGCUUCGGAAUGGAGCCCCCUUCACCAGACUACCGAGCGACAAGCUGAAGGCAGUCAUCCCCCCUUUCUUACCCCCUUCCAGCUUUGAGCUGUGGAGCUCGGAACGGUCCCGAACAUGUCACAACGGGAGGGCAGACCCCAUGAAGACUGUGCUGCCCCAGAGAGCCAGCAGGGGUCACCCCGUGGGCAGCGGGAGCACAGACGCAACUCCCAUCAGGCCGGUUAAGUUUCCAUCUCUCUCCAGAAGCCCAGCCUCUCCUGCCAAUUCUGGAAACUUCAAUCACUCGCCUCAUUCCUCCGGUGGCUCCAGUGGGGUAGGGGGCAUGAGCAGGCACGGCGGGGAGCUGCACAACCGCUCAGGUGGCAGCAUAGACAGUGUCCUGUCCCAGAUCGCUGCCCAGAGGAAGAAAGCAGCUGGGUUAUCCGAGCAGAAGCCCAGCCACCGGUCAAGUCCUGUUGGGCCAGCGCCCAGCUCUAGCCCGUCUGAGCUCCCGGUCUCCCCUGCAGGCAGCGGUGUUCCUGGUGGCAAGCAGAAACUGGAGACAAGCAAAAGGCCUCCGUCUGGAACUUCCACUACCUCCAAAAGUACCUCCCCUACCCUCACACCUUCGCCGUCUCCCAAAGGGCACGCUGCCGAGUCCUCCGUGUCCUCCUCCUCCUCCCACCGGCAAUCCAAGAGCAGCGGGGGCUCCAGCAGCGGCACCAUCACUGACGAGGAUGAACUGACUGGAAUCCUUAAGAAAUUAUCACUUGAGAAAUAUCAGCCCAUUUUUGAGGAGCAAGAGGUGGACAUGGAAGCAUUCCUGACGCUCACUGACGGCGACUUGAAGGAGCUGGGUAUUAAGACAGAUGGAUCCAGGCAGCAGAUCUUGGCAGCGAUUUCUGAACUGAAUGCAGGCAAGGGACGUGAGAGACAAAUUUUACAGGAAACCAUUCACAACUUCCAUUCUUCUUUUGAGAGCAGUGCCAGCAACACCAGGGCCCCUGGAAACAAUCCCUGUACGUGACCCUCCUCCCCGUGGUCACAAGCAUGAGCUUUCUGAAUCUCAGUACACCCUUCACAAGGCCAGCGGCCCAGCCACCAUCAGCUCUUCUCCACUCCCUGAAACACACCAUGCUUUGUCACACUGCCGUGCCUUGGUCACAUUGUUCCCUCUGCCUGGAGCAUCCGUCUUCCCUUCUCUGCUGUAGUAGCUGGUGAUGCUUGUUGCUGUAACCAACUCCAGCACAUGUUUGUUCUCCCAUAAAGUCCAGUAUGGCUGCUUUUGCUUGGCAGAAGCACACAGUGAUGUAGGGACCCUGCACCUUUCAUCCAAGGCUCUGUCCUUCCCGGGGGCCUCAGAGUCUUAGCUUCUGGCUGGCAGAGGGGGAAAGGAUGGUGGAGAAGGCACAGCCUUUUCUUAACUGCCUUGCUCUUAACUGCUCACAUUCCAUUGGUUCCCCCUCCUGCUCACAUUCCAUCAGCCACCAGUAGUCACAUGGCUCCAACUGGAUGCAGAGAAGAUAAGAAAGUGUCAUCUUUGUUCAGGCAGUGGCUUCACCGCAACAACUCGGUUCUUUGGUGGAAGAGCGCAUAUUUUGGUGGAAGGUUAGGGACUCUGCCACAUCUUCCCUUAGAACUUCUGACUUCUCCCUCACACCACUUCACUUAUCAAAUGAAACCUUUCUUGACUCCCUUACCCCUAACUAACUCUUCCAGCCACUGGGGCACUUGCUGCUUUGUGUGAUAACUGCUCUAGCACUUUACCGCACCCGCCGGACACAGCAUACGACAGCUGUUCAGGAUGUGUAUGUUGAAUGCAUUUCUUCUUUAUUGCAAAGGCAGCCUUUUUAUAGGAAAAAAGGGGAGACCCACUAUGUGAUCUUGAGGGGGCAUCCCUUCCCCUUUCUAGCCUCCAGUUUCCUUGUCUGUGGUGAGGCAAGAUGAUGCUCUGACGUUCCACAUUGCUCACCUCAAGUCACUGCUGGGCUUUUGCACUUCAGGUUGGAGCAGAAGACACUAAUAUACUACAUCGUGGAAGGACUUUGGUGCUUGUGUAUUCUAGGCCAAGAAGUGGAGAAUUUGGAAUUUCUUAUAUACCCUGUUAAUACCACGUUCCUUAAAAGGGAAUCGGCCUGUGUAGUUUUCUACUGCGUCAUACUCUAUGAGAGGGGCUCUGACUUUUAAGUACAGGAGCUUUCUGAAAUGUUCUCAAGCACAUGAUUCAGCCAACACUUGCUGCAUUUCUGCCACAUGCUGGUGGUUCAGAGCCGAGCCAGAGCCGGUCCCCACCCUUAAGGACCUCGACAGCAAGAGAAGCCGCGAAUGGAUAGUCCCAGCCUCAAGGGGCAGCCCAGAGGAGUGGAGAGAGCGUGCACUCCAGGUUCAGGCCCAGGGUUCUGGUCCAGCCCUGCGGCUGGCCAGCUGAGUGGCGGGGGGUCAGGUAACCUGGCCUCUCAGUUGGCACUUAGAGCCAGCCUGUGUCGAGCACUUGGUCUGCAGGACACGCACGAUGAAUCGACGGCAGCCUUUGCAGAGUUCUUGUCUUUACUGUGCACUGUUCUCCUUGGGAGGUGUGGCUUCUCACCUCUCCCUCCGCUGGCCGCUAGAGGCAGUCCUUACUGCAUUGCCCAGAGCCUCAUCAUGUUCUCCCUCCGCCCCUCCAUCCAGUGGGUGCUGUUCCUCCUUCAUCCUUUCAUCCUCCCACCAGUAGAAGCCAACUUUCCACAUGACUGGAGGGAAGAGGUGUUGUUUUAGCCAUCACUGACAGACAUCUUUAUAAACGUUUCUCCCAUCCCAACCUCCUUUAAGGAGACAAGGUCAUUGAACACCUACUGUGUGCGGCAGCUUGACCCUAGUGUCAUCUGUCAUCACCACCAGCCUGGAGGCUGGCAUAGUAUAAACUCAUCCUGCAUGCUGAGGAAACAGACACAGAGGAGUGGAGCUGCGUGCCAGCUACACAGCCCGGAAGGAGCAGAGCUGGCUGAGAACAGGAUGUGGUGCUUUUCCCACUGACUCCUGGAGCUAGAAGCACCAGGGAUUCUUGGUAUUUUAAUGCAUUCUUAUCUUCUGAAGUUACCAAUAGGCCUAGGGUUGCUUGCCCCUGAAAUACACCUGGGCCUCUGAGUUAGGUGCUGUGAGGUUUUGUGCCAGCUUUUCCCUGUCAUCCUGUUCUUUCAUCACUCCUACAUUUGUGCAGCUUGCAGUCGGGUAAGUCUGAUUGAAUACCCAUGAUUGACACAGGAGCCGUGCUGUGGGUCAGCUUUCCACAAAUGCGCACUUCCACGAUCUCAUCUGAUGAUCCCCGACAGCAGGGCAUACUAUUCCCAUUUUGCAGAUGGGACAGCUGAGGCUCAGGACAGAUGCUUCUUUUGUCUUUUUCACUGGACUCAGUGGUUCUAGGCCAGCUUGUGUGCUGGUUGGUGAGAGAUCCCUGGCACUCCCCCUUUCCUGGUGACCCUCCAGGUGGUUAUUCUUGUCCAUAGUGUUUCCCUUGCUUGAUGACAACCAGCAUUUCCCAAAGUGUGUUCCUUGGAACACUAGUUCCACAGGAUGUUAAUACAUUUUUCAUAAAGAAAAAUAAAGGGAGGGAGUACAUAUGUGACAGUGGGGUGACACUUUGUGAUCAGAUAGAUUUGGCAGACACUGGGUUAAAGCCCAGCCCAUGGUGUUUGUUGUAGGAUACCUCAGGACCUUUGGGGGGGGGUUUGUGGUGGUGGGGUCUUUAGUAGCUUGUAGCUUUCCCCACACAUUUGAAUGAUGCUUCAUGGCGCUCUUACAGGAUGGGUUCCUUGGAUGCUGUCAGGGAAACCCUGCUUUGACUGGGACAGUAACAGUUAUGAGGCUCUUGGGAGGGCACUUGAGGCCUUCAGCUGGGUCAGGUGUCUUUGGUAACACCUCUCUUUUCUUCCCAGGAGCUCUCUGCUUGGCAGCGGGACAUUGGGGUAAGGGAGGCCCCUGACUUUGAGAGUGCCAGGGAGUCUCCUGCAGGGUCGAAGACAUUGUUUCCCAGCGUUGGUGCAGUGUCCUGCCUGGCGAGUGCUGGGUGUUUAGGUCCUGUCCCCCAGGCCAGGGGAAGGCUCCCACCUCCCUGCUUCAGCGCCAGACCAUUACAUGGAGGCUGCAAGUUUUGCAAGGAAGACAAUUCCUUUUCAUUUACUGAACAUUUACUGAGCAUCUACUCUGUGCCCACAUGGUGCUUGUGCUUUGGAUCCCAAGAUGAAAAACACUUGCCUCUGCCCUCAGGGAAUCCACAAUGUCUUAGAGGAGACAAGCACUAAGUCAAAUGUUGUAGUGCCCGUGAGAAGUUUUUUGAUAAAGGUAUGUGCUGGGUCCAUGGCUCAGGUUUGGCCUGGACGGGCCCGGCUGGAGAGACUGGGUCUGAGAAGGUAGCUGGCACACAGCUGGCAGGUGGGGGAGAGAAAGGGCUCCUCAGAUUGGGGGACAGUGUGUGUGAAGGCAGGUGGCAUGUAAUUUUUGUGGCUUAAAUGUCGUUGGGGGGUAAGUUAGAUACCUGUUAUUCUAAUGUUUGAUUCUUUUCUUUGAAACGCAUAGAAGCAAUCUGUUACCUGGAAAGAGUAUUGAAUCUAGAGUCAAUCCAGCACUGGUUUUGGCUCAGCCACUUCUUAAUGAGUAAUGUGUUUCUUCCACUCCUUGGGCCUCAGUUUCCCUUUUGGUUACAAGGGGCUCACACUUCCCAAGGUGCUGAGGAUCAAAUGAAGGUGAAAGCCCUUGUCGCACCACGUGGUGCUGUGCAGAUGUGAGAAAUCUCCACGGUUGCCUGCUUGAAAUCCUUUCUCUGUUUCUGUCUCGCCUACCCACUACCUCCCACUCCCCCUGAUGUAGCCAUGUCUGGGUGGGCGAGGCCCAAAGCAGCAGCCUCCAGCCAGAGGUGGCAGCAGCUUAGAUGGCUCUGCUGGCAUCAGAGCCCUGAGGAAGUGAGGAAUGGUGAUGGAUCCCUACCCUCCAGCUGUGCUUGACUCUGGGUGUUUGUGUCAUUGGGGUUCCCAGCAAGGUGGACAGGAAGAAACCGGAAGACAUUCCUGCUCCUGAUUGCAGGAGCUGAUCCAGGGGGCAGAGAGGAAGUGGGAAACCCCUCCAGUUUGCUCUUGCCUCAGAGCUGCCUAAGGACACUGCCGUGUGGGCCAGGCCUGGGCUAGGCAGCCAUGGACAUCUAUGCUGACCUGUGCUACCAAGACAGAACCUCGUUAGGGCCCAGGACCCUUCCUGGGAAGAUUCUGCAGCCCAGACUGAACGUGUGUGAAGCACCAUCUGUGCUUCAUUAUCCAUUUCAGGCAAGAUAAUCAAGUCCCAUUAACCAGCAGGUCCUGUUCAACAUGCAAGGAGACCUGACGCUCUCCCUGACAAAGUCGUUACCAAAUUCUGCAGGACUGGCCAGGGAUCAGAUCUCCUCCCUGGGGUAGAUGGGUGGUGAGUCCCCUCUUUAGCUUCCUUCCUAACCCCCUCCUCAGGGACCUCCCUGCCCAGAGGAGUGAGCCAGCUCCCAUCAGUGUAAAGUCUCUCCCAGUUCCCUUCUGAGCUGCAUCCCUAGGCUCAUAGACACAGGGCGUAGCUGUCCUCUUCCAAGAGACCUAGUUCCCACCUCCAGGUGGCUGGGGUAGGGUUUGGCCUCACCCUAAGGCCUCAGUGGGGCCACUGUACCCUUUGUUAAGAGACCAGGUUGCCUCUUUGUUUCAGCCCUACAGUGUUUCCCUUUUCCUCACCAUCCAACACUUCUUUCUAUUAUUAUUUUAUUGUUAUUUCAGUACAGGGACUUGAUUCUUUGAAGGGCUUUUGUUUGCCAAAUGUGUAUUAAAUAAUGGUGAAUUUGUCUUCUGACUUUGAUUUUGCUCAUUGAGGUAUAAAAUGCUGCUCAGAUUUCUUCCAAUGAGAACUAUUACAGGUGGUAAGUGCCUAUGGUGUGCUGGAAGCUUCUGUUGCCUGGCUCCUCCUGUGAGGCAGCCUUAAAACCCCCUUUCUAUCAACUUGGUGAGUGUCGCACACAGAUAUUAACAUCACCAAGGUCACUCUGUAACAGGGGAUGGUCAGUUUGAAUGCCAGCCUCACCUCUCACUCUCAUCAAGAGUCCACAUUCUCUCUAUGCUGUCUUGCUGGCCUUUCAGCACAGAGAGAAAUGUUGAAUUGGGAUAAGCCCAGCCAACAGCAAAACAAAUAAAACCUUGUUAGUCUGUA